AGAUCAUAAAGGCUUCAGCAGCUCCACCGCCUGCAUUGCAGUGCUCAUCAGACUCCAGUCAGCUCCAGCCGAGAGAUAAACACACAGACGAGCCGGAAAAACAGCGCAGUCAUGCUGCUCCUAACUCUACUUUUCGUUGGUGCAGCUGUUGCGACCCCUCUGCUGGGCACUGAGCAGUGUGCCCGUGGGCCCCCCUACUGGUGUCAGAAUGUAAAGACGGCCUCUCAGUGUGGAGCUGUGACCCACUGCCAGCAGAACGUCUGGAACAAGCCCCAGAUGAAAACCGUGCCAUGUGACCUGUGUAAAGAGGUGUUGAUCGUGGUGGAGCAGUUUCUGAAGGACAAUGCCACUGAGUCUGAAGUUCUUGGGUACCUGGAGAAGGUCUGCCAGCUCAUCCCUGAAAAACCUCUGAGCGACGAAUGCAAGCAGAUGGUGGACGAGUACUACCCGGUCCUCAUGGCAAUCAUUAAGGGAGAACUGGAGGAUCCUUCUGUGGUUUGUGCAGCCAUUGGGCUGUGUGAAUCUCAGCAGGCAGCCCUGGCUAAGGUUCAUGCGAAGGAGCAGCUCAUAUCCAACGAAAUCCCCCAGGUGGACCUCAGCCAGAAAGUGUCCCCCUUCCUUCUCAAUGUGCCCCAGCUCCUCUAUCCUCAGGAGAGCCCCAAGCAGGAGGCCCCCAAACAAGAGACUCCAAAGCAGGAUAAUGAUGUGUGCCAGGACUGCAUCAAAUUCGUGACUGACGCUCAAGCGGAGGCCAAGCAGAACUCCUCAUAUCUCGACUCUUUUAUUCAAAAUAUUGAGAACCAGUGUGACCUGCUGGGACCAAGUUUGGCUGAAAUGUGCAAGCAGUAUGUCAGCCAGUAUGGUGGUGUUGUUGUUCAGAUGAUCAUGUCCAUGGAUCCCAAGGAUCUGUGUGUCCAUGCUGGUUUCUGUACUGCUAUGAAGAAGUCCUUUCCCAUGCUGAAGCUGCAGGCUGCCAAGACUCUACCUGCUGCCAAGACCCUACCUGCUGCCAAGACCCUACCUGCUGCCAAGACUCUACCUGCUGCCAAGACUCUACCUGCUCUGAAGCUUUUCCCUGCCACCAAGGUCGAGGCUGCCACUGACAAGUCUGCUAAGCCCAUGGUGCGUGUCCGUGAAUCCCCACAGUGCGCCAUUUGUGAGUUUGUGAUGAAGCAGUUGGAGACUAUGCUGGAGGAUCAGAAAACCGAGGAGGAGGUGAUUCAAGCUGUGGAGAAGGUGUGCACAUAUCUGCCGUCUUCUCUGACCGCCCAGUGUAAGGACCUGGUUGAAACCUACGGCCAGGCCAUCAUUGAGCUGCUGGUGCAGCAGGCCGACCCCAAGACCGUCUGCGCAGUGCUGGCACUCUGCAAUGAUGCCAGCCGUGCAUUUGUCCCUGCUCUUGACCAGACUCGCUUCAAGGCUGGGGGCUACUGCAAGGUUUGCAAGAUGGCCGUCGGUUACAUUGAUCAACUUCUGGAGCAGAACGCAACAGAGGCACAGAUCGAGGAGGCUGUGAGGAAAGUGUGCAGCUUUCUGCCCGACUCUUUCCAGACCGAAUGCGACCAGAUGAUUGAACAGUAUGAACCAAUGCUGAUCCAGCUGCUUCUCCAGAUGCUCGACCCAGACUUUGUGUGCAUGAAAGUGGGAGCCUGUCCUGAAACUCUGCGCAGGCUGCUGGGAAUGGAGCAGUGCAGCUGGGGACCUGCAUUCUGGUGCAAGAACAUGGAGACAGCAACUCGGUGCAAUGCUGUGGCUCACUGCAAACGUCACGUGUGGGUAUAGAGGAAGAGGAAGCACAAACUGACCUUUAGGGAAUUAAAAAGAAAAAAAAAUACUGUAGUGCUGCUUCCCACUUUUAAUUUCUGUCCUAUUUUCUUUUUAAAUGGACUUAAAUGACUGCAGUUUAUGUGUAAAUUAACUUUGAUGUCAUGGUGGAAAGGGACUGGACUUUUUUUUUCUGGGUGGGGGGUGGGGUAGGGGAGGAGUGACGUGUAUCGCGGUCUGCAGCUCAGCCUUUUACUGCUUCACUGAGCAGAAGUCAAACUUCACGGUUGAGCUGUGUGCAGAUUUGCAUAAUUUGGGUUGUACCUACCUAUGUCGCUUGCUGGGUUUGGUGUAUGUAACCACAAAUUCAAGUUUUCAUAUGUUGUAUAAUGUUGACAGCUUCAGAUGGCUGUUCUAAUCAGACCCCUCCCACACGCCAAAUGUAUUUUGAGUCCUCCCCGCAGGAACUGAUUGCAAAUGAGAGAACGCUUCGUGUGCUAAGAAUGACUGCCUUUACUUUUAGCAGAAUGUCUGAUUCUUUAAACAAGUUGAUAUUUUGUAGUGAGAAAAUGUGUGUUCUUGUUUUAAGGAGCUGAUAUGGAGGUAAUUUGUCUUGAGAGUGUACCUCCCACUCACCUCCCAUUGUUUGCACUCUUCCUACUGUUUGUAAGUCACUGUUUCUAACUUCCAGAGAUCACCUCUUAUUUGAUUGUCUGCCUCAAACCCCAAGCCAACUGUCUGUUCUGUAAAUUUUUAACAAAUAAAGUGACUCCAAUCCA